UUCUCCGGAAGGCACCGGAGCGCGCUUCACUGCCCCGUGGGACUGUCAAUGUUUGUCUAGGGUUUUACUUACCAGUGUCGUCCAGACCUAAGGUUGUUUUUCAGCCGCCGUAACGCACUUACGCAGUGCCAAUCGCCAUGCAGUCAGCCUGUGCAAAUGGGUCAAGGUUAACACUGCACCAAAAUAGUCCGCAUUUACAGAUGUUGCCUUGUAGGACACCGUGGUCGUCAAGGACGGUAGUCUGCAGGAGCUCGAGCCAGCCAAAUAUUGAAACUAUGCCGCCACCACCUCCACCGCCACCCCCACCGCCACCACCGCCCCGGCCAACCCAAGCUGCUCCCUGGUACAAGCCAACGAGAAGAGACUUCAUUACGGCCGCGUUGGGGUCCAUCAUUGGCGGUGGAGCAAUGUACGUGUACGAUACUGCCAUCAUCACGGACUUGGUGGAUGAGCUGGAGGAGGCGGAGGACGAUCUGGACCUGGCGGAGGCCUACGUCAGCCAGAUGAGCAGCGCGCCCACCCUGGAGGAGGUGCUGGAGGGGCAGGAGGGGGCGCCCGCGGAGGGUGACAAGAAGUAGACGGCGCUGGAGUGGAGGCGGCAUGGAGGCGUGCACGGUGCAUGGCAUUGAGCUGUGAGGGUAGAUGCUGGGUUGGGGGUUCCGGGCUGGGUUGUAACGUUGGGGUCGGGUAGAAAUUGAUGACGGUUUGGAGUGGAGUGAAUGUGCGGUGUAAGAGAGGGCGGGGAGGCCUGGUGGGAAGGGUGUGUUCGCGGCA